UAGAUUUAUUCCUCUCUACACCUCCGGAUUUUCCUCCUCCCAUUUCCUUUCUGGAUUUCCUCUCUCUUUCUUCUUUCUCUCUUCCCAUUUUUUUUGUCGGUGCGGUGCAGAUCUUGGAGCUUCCAUUUCAUCGGUCGAUUCCGAGUUAUUUCGCCGCUAUAAGUUUUAAGGGAAUUUGAGAUUGAGGGGAUUGAGUUUUUUUCUUUGGAUUCAGAUAGAUUUGGGUAUACGAGGUGGUGGAAUUUGGAAGAUAAUUUUUGUUUUUCUAGAUCUGUAUUGACUAUUUUCCGUCGACUGUUACAGGAGGUGUAGAUUUCUAGGUGUCAUUGGUAUUCUGUGUGUAAAAAUAGAAGGGGGGUCGUCGAUUUGCUUUAGGUUUAUUGGGUUUUGGUUUGAUGGAGGAUUGGGGAAGGUUGAUGGAAAACUGGGCUUCUGGACUUGUGAUCCGGUAGGUAGACGGGCAACAGCAGCACAAAUGUGGCUGAGUUUUUGAGAACCAAUCGGUUUCUGCUUGGUCCGUUAGUGACUGUAUUUCCUUUUUCAAAAUCUUUUGAAACUGUUCUUGCUUCAGAAAUUUGGACUUCCCCCACCAUUUUGCCCAGAAUGCAGCAAGAUCAAGGCAAAAAGAAUUCAACCGAAGUGGAGUUCUUUUCUGAUUAUGGCGAUGCCAGUAGAUACAAAAUUCAGGAAGUAAUCGGGAAAGGAAGCUAUGGGGUUGUCUGUUCUGCAAUUGACACGCGCACCGGUGACAAGGUUGCAAUAAAGAAGAUACAUAAUAUUUUUGAGCAUAUAUCUGACGCGGUUAGAAUUCUUCGUGAGAUAAAGCUGCUUAGACUUCUUCGCCAUCCUGAUAUUGUUGAAAUUAAACACAUUAUGCUGCCACCUUCAAGGAGGGAUUUCAAAGACAUCUACGUUGUUUUUGAGCUGAUGGAAUCGGAUCUCCACCAAGUUAUUAAAGCAAACGACGAUCUGACUCGAGAACAUUAUCAGUUUUUCCUUUACCAACUUCUUCGUGCAUUAAAAUAUAUCCAUACAGCUAAUGUCUACCAUCGUGAUUUAAAACCAAAGAAUAUAUUAGCAAAUGCAAAUUGUAAACUUAAAAUUUGUGAUUUUGGAUUGGCAAGAGUUGCGUUCAGUGACACACCAACAACAAUUUUCUGGACGGAUUAUGUUGCUACAAGAUGGUAUCGAGCUCCAGAGUUAUGUGGUUCAUUUUUCUCCAAGUAUACACCUGCAAUUGAUAUAUGGAGUAUUGGCUGCAUAUUUGCUGAAGUAUUAAUGGGGAAGCCACUUUUUCCUGGUAAAAAUGUUGUUCAUCAGCUCGAUUUGAUGACGGAUCUCCUUGGAACUCCUUCAUUAGAUACAAUCUCCAGGGUACGUAAUGACAAGGCCAGAAGAUAUUUAACUACUAUGAGGAAAAAGCAGCCGGUGCCAUUUUCUCAAAAGUUCCCAAAUGCAGAUCCUUUAGCGCUGAGGCUAUUAGAAAGAUUGCUUGCUUUCGAUCCAAAAGAUAGACCAACUGCGGAAGAGGCACUGGCUGAUCCAUACUUCAAGGGAUUGGCAAAAAUUGAGAGGGAACCUUCCUGUCAGCCAAUCACAAAGAUGGAAUUUGAAUUUGAGAGGCGUAGGGUCACGAAAGAAGACAUUCAAGAGCUAAUCUUCCGGGAGAUACUAGAAUAUCAUCCUCAACUACUAAAAGACUACAUGAAUGGGACUGAGAGAACAAAUUUUCUAUAUCCAAGUGCUGUGGACCAAUUUAGAAAGCAGUUUGCACAUCUGGAGGAAAAUGGUGGUAAAAGUGCGCCAGUAAUUCCUCUUGAUAGAAAGCAUGUAUCGCUUCCAAGGUCAACAGUUGUACACUCGAACCCAGUCUAUUCUAAGGACCAAGUAAACAAUAUACCCCUCCAAGAUGGGAAGAUCUCCGAAGAGGCAUACGGCAAGAAUUCUCGAGAUAGUGAAGGCCGGCUAACAAAUAUAUCGAGGAACAUGCAGGCUCAACAAAAAAUCCCUUUUGCAGCUAAGCCUGGAAGAGUGGUUGGACCAGUUAUAGCAGACGAGAAUGGGAGGCUAGUGAAGGAACCAUAUGAUCCAAGAACGUUGAUCAGAGGUGCCAUUCUUCCUCCCGCAUAUCACUACCACCAAAAACCCAUUGCUGGAAAUCAAGAAAGAUCUGCAGCAGAAACGAAACUUGAUAUUUCUUUAAGGGCUGCUAAGCAAUCAUCCCAAUGUGGCAUGGCUUCCAAAUUAGGAUCAGAUAUAGCCAUCAGCAUCGACUCAAACCCCUUUUACAUGACCCGUGCUGGAGUGAACAAGGUCGAACUCAAGGACCAAAUAUCCAUCGAUGCAAACUUUCUACAGGCCAAAGCCGCCCAAUAUGGUGGACUUAGUGCAACAACAGCCACCGCUACAUCGGUUGCUCACAGAAAGGUGGUUGCCGGUCAAUUUAGCAUGACGAAGAUGUACUAAUAAAAUGUAUAAGUUGAUCAGUGACGGAUGCUUUGGCAAGUAAUCCUUCCUCAAUACAGAUGCAAAAGCCAUGGAUGGAUGAAACAAGAACUCAGAGGAAGGUGGCCGUCGGCUCGGCUGCUUUGUGUGUAAUAGAGAUGGAAGAGAGAGGUUAGUGGCCUCACUCAUGAAAUUAGAUUUAUCAGGUUAUAUUAAAUGCACAGUUAGCCUGUAAUAAGAAAAAACUGUAUCUUAGAAACAAAAAAAGAUUAUAAAAAAAAUGUACACAGUACAUGGAAACUGUGAGUAGUAAGCCCCCAGUCUCUUGCUUUGUCUAUAGCCUCCCCCUUCAAAGCAGGAAGUGACACCUUAUCUAAAUCCCAAUACAGAAACAAAGUUAUUGAUGUCUGAUUUUAUGAAUUCAUGUUCUAUUUCUGAUUCAGCAAUAA